UCCAGAUGUGCAGCUUCUGUUCCUCAGCCUCUUAUUGAGAUACAAGAGUAUUUGUGAACAUUUGGUGAUGUGAACCUGUGUGAGGAAACCUGCCCUGGUUAUUAUCCAGCAAGUGGCAGGUUGUUAAUGGAGAGCUGGUCGAAUGACAGCCGGGACUGUGGUGAUUACAGGUGGAAUAUUGGCUACGGUUAUCCUGCUCUGUAUAAUCAUUGUGUUGUGUUAUUGCCGCCUGCAGUAUUAUUGCUGCAAGAGGGAGGAAUGGGAUGGAGAUGAGGAGGAACCAGAUUUUGCCGUGCACUCCCGUCUGCCAACUGCUUACUACAACUACAAUGCCGGAAAUGGACUUAACUUCAGUUCUAUAGCCUAUCCCCAGGAUUACUCUCACCCCAGAGCUCUCUGCUUCCAGUGCAAGCCCCAGUUCCAUGUCCAUCAGCUUGAAGAGAUUCAGAAUGGGGGUGAAAGUGUGAGUUAUAACACAAUCAGUGAGGAGGAAUUAGAAAUGUUGACAAGUCCCGAGGAGCUGCCCAUGAGCAGGGCAAAGCUCACAAGAGAGGCUUUUAGCAGAAGUCGAAGUAUCAGCACUGAUGUGUGA